AUGGUGGCCUUGGGACUGGGUCCCGUUGUUCUUGUAGUAACAUGGUCGGAGUUCGCGGCUGGAGCCGUCUUGAUGGCGCUGCGCAUCUAUACCAAUGGCUUCAUUAUUCGGCGUUGGAAUCCUGACUUUUGGUGGGCUUUUGCAUCAUUUAUAUGCGCAAUUUGCUCAUCGGUCUUCCUCACAAUCGCUGUCGAUUAUGGAACUGGAGCUCAUUUCUCUCCCGCUGCGAGUCCCACAUCGAACCCCGAUCCUCAAUCUCAACUUUACCAAUUGAUAUUUACGACGUUUUCUAUACUAGCCAUCGCCUUCGGUAAAAUGGCAGUCAUUCAAUUCAUUCUUCAACUAGAAGGGACGAAAACCAACGGAAAACGCAUUCUUUACUUCUGCGCGGCCAGCAAUUGUAUCGUCAGCUUCAUCUUUAUACCUUUACUCUGGGCGCAAUGUGACCCCGUGAACAAGAUUUGGGACCCUAUUGUUGCGGGAUCUUGUCAUGGCACGCAGACAUACACAACAUUUGCAUACUUCCAGGGAAGUUUUGGCGCGACCUUGGAUACUGCACUUGCGUUGUACCCUGCGAUUAUGCUUUGGCAUCUUCAAGUCAAGCUCCAUAUCAAGCUCGGGCUGAUCACUCUGUUUGGUUUCGGCAUUGUUGCUGCCAUAACGGCCAUCGUUAAGACCGUGCAGAUCGGCACGGUCAAGGCAAUGGAGGACACCACGUUCCAUCAAGGUUAUUUGGACAUCUGGGCAAGUACCAAUCUCUGGGUUGUAUUCAUCGCCAGCUGCAUUCCCACCAUUCGACCUAUCCUCGUCCGAAUUAUACACAAAGUCACUGGGAAGGAAGGGAAUACCACCAUGGCGACUGGCUAUAUUCAUGAGGGUACAGUGAAGGAUUCAAAGGACGACUCAGCCAAGUCUAGAAAGGGUCGAGCUUACAGCAGAGUAUACCCCAGGGGACAAGGCGGUGCUCAUGCUACCACCAAGAAUGUGUUUGAGAGUGAGGAGAACAUUGUGCCUGGCAAGGAUGAGAUCAUUAUGACGACCGAAUAUCAGAUCAAGUAUGAGGAGAGUCAAGACUCGUUGAGCGAGAAGGGCUUGGGAAGGACUGAAUCUUGGAAAGAGCAGAGGUAA